AGCUGCCCAGCAUGUGUGGCCGCAGGCGCCCGUCUCCGCUGCUGUCCCGGGGCUGAGCCGCUCCUGGGUGUCCGGGACGGUGCGUGCGCGAGGGUGUGUGUCCGCGCGGACCAGCGCCGCGCCGGCCCCGAGGCUCCGGCUCGCUCCUCCGGGCCGCGGUGCAUGUUCGCCUCCUGCCACUGUGUGCCGAGAGGCAGGAGGACCAUGAAAAUGAUCCACUUUCGGAGCUCCAGCAUCAAAUCGCUCAGCCAAGAGAUGAAAUGCACCAUCCGGCUGCUGGACGACUCGGAGAUCUGCUGCCACAUCCAGAGGGAAACCAAAGGGCAGUUUCUUAUUGACCACAUCUGCAACUACUACAGCUUGCUGGAGAAGGACUACUUUGGCAUUCGUUACGUGGACCCAGAGAAGCAGCGGCAUUGGCUUGAACCUAACAAGUCCAUCUUCAAGCAAAUGAAAUCUCAUCCACCAUACACCAUGUGCUUUAGAGUGAAAUUCUACCCACAUGAACCCUUGAAGAUUAAAGAAGAGCUCACAAGGUACCUCUUGUUCCUGCAAAUUAAGAGAGACAUUUUCCAUGGCCGACUGCUCUGCUCCUUUUCAGAUGCUGCCUACCUGGGUGCCUGUAUUGUUCAAGCUGAGCUCGGUGAUUAUGAUCCUGAUGAGCAUCCUGAGAAUUACAUCAGUGAGUUUGAGAUUUUCCCCAAGCAGUCGCAGAAGCUGGAAAGAAAAAUAGUGGAAAUCCAUAAAAGUGAACUCAGAGGCCAGAGCCCACCGGUUGCUGAAUUUAACUUACUCCUGAAAGCUCACACUUUGGAAACCUAUGGGGUGGAUCCCCACCCAUGCAAGGAUUCAACAGGCACAACAACAUUUUUAGGAUUCACUGCUGCAGGCUUUGUGGUAUUCCAGGGAAAUAAGAGAAUCCAUUUGGUAAAAUGGCCGGAUGUCUGCAAGUUGAAGUUUGAAGGAAAGACAUUUUAUGUGAUUGGCACCCAGAAGGAGAAAAAAGCCAUGUUGGCAUUCCAUACUUCAACACCAGCUGCCUGCAAACAUCUUUGGAAGUGUGGGGUGGAGAACCAGGCCUUUUAUAAGUAUGCAAAAUCGAGUCAGAUCAAGACUGUGUCAAGCAGCAAGAUAUUUUUUAAAGGAAGUAGAUUUCGAUAUAGCGGUAAAGUUGCCAAAGAGGUGGUGGAGGCGAGCUCUAAAAUCCAGAGGGAGCCUCCGGAGGUGCACAGAGCCAGCAUUACCCAGAGCCGCAGCUCGCACUCCUUGAACAAACAGCUCAUCAUUAACAUGGAGCCCCUGCAGCCCCUGCUACCUUCCCCCAGUGAGCAGGAGGAGGACCUUGCGCUGGGUGAGGGUAUUCCCUUACCCAAAGAAGACGAUAUUUCUGCCCCCUUGAUCUCCAGCUCACCGGUGAAGGAAGCCCGGGAGUAUGAGAAGCCCCCCCGCGAGGAGGAAGAUAAAAUAAGAGAAGAGCCCUUGACCAUCUCUGAACUGGCAUACAACCCGAGUGCCAGCCUGCUCCCCACCCCCGUUGACGAUGACGAGAUUGACAUGCUCUUUGACUGUCCAUCUAGGCUGGAGCUGGAAAGAGAAGACACAGAUUCGUUCGAGGAACUGGAAGCAGAUGAAAAUGCCUUUUUGAUGGCUGAAGAAGAGGAGCUGAAGGAGGCUCACCAAGCUUUGUCGUGGAGCUAUGACAUUCUGAGCAGCCAUAUUCGGGUGAACCCACUGGUCAAGAGUUUUUCCAGGCUCCUGGUGGUGGGCCUGGGGCUGCUGCUCUUUGUAUUCCCCCUGCUCCUCCUCCUUUUGGAGUCAGGUAUUGAUCUCUCCUUCUUAUGUGAAAUUCGCCAGACGCCCGAGUUUGAGCAGUUUCACUAUGAAUACUACUGUCCUCUCAAGGAGUGGGUGGCUGGCAAAGUAAACCUUAUUCUCUACAUGCUGGGUUGCUCAUAAAGUUCAUAUCCCAUAUGACUAAGGGCUAUAUUCAAUACUCGUGAUUUGUUUUCUUCAGCAAAUGCCUGGUUCUGAAUGGUCCCAGGGCCAGCAACAGGUGUUCCUUACUCAUAACUGAUUAUUCAAACCUUUAAGUUAGCUUUCCAUAAUUCACUGCAGUUAAAUAAGUUUAAAUCAAAUACAUUUACUUUAGUUACAGUUCAGGAAGAUGGCCUUUAAAUAACCAAAAGUAUGUUUAUUUUUUAUUA